AUGAAUUUCACUACCAAGAAUACAGCUUCUGGAGAUUUUCGCCGCACACAGGCUUCUACUUCGUCGUCGCCAAGAGACGCCCGCAAGCAUAGCAUCGAGCUCGACAACAACGAUAAGCAUCAACCCGCCAAGCGUACUAGACGCGAGGAAGUUCCGAUUACACCUUCCAAAAAUUCAACCGACCAUGCCCAACAAAACAUUAAAGGCAAAUCUAAGUCAAUCUUGUUUACAACUUCGCGCGUCGAAGGCUCCACUGGUCAUAUCCCUGUUGGUCUAUCUGAUGAUCCUCGCGGCCAUCCUUCUCCUUCACCUGCUACCAAUGAUCAUCACAUGGUUGACCCAGUCAUCCAGAAUACCACAACCACAGCUUCCCAAGAUAUUUCGAAGGAGCAAGAUUAUGAGCGUCUCAAACAACUCCUUCAGCAGAAAGAUGCUGAAAUACUGGCAUUGAAAAUCAAGCUUGAGGUCAGAGAAGAGCUCGACAUCGAGACUGUUGCUCGUGAGGAAGAGCUUAAAGACAUAAUUGAGAAGCACCGUUUAGAUGCCGAAUAUUGGAGAGAAAGAUCCUCUUGCGGUCUCGAAAGUUAUAGCAUUUUGCAAGAAAAAUACAAGAUUCUUGCAGUCAAGCUUGAGACAGUCACGACUGAGUUACAAGUGAAAAAUAAAAACCUCGAAGCCGAACACGAAGCAGUCAAGGUUGAAUUUGAAGAGCAGUGUACUGUUGUAGCAAUACAGGAAACAGAGCUGGCUGAAUUGCAAGAGAAAUACGAUACACUUGAAGCCAAAUACAAAACACUUAAAGCCAUCGACAUCAACCAGGCUUCUUAUGUAUUGUAUGAGGGUCGAAAAUCUCCUGAAUUUAUAUCUGUCAAUCCCGAAAAACCACUAUUUACAGAUGAGGAGCUGGCAGCAAAACGAAAGGAGCUCGCAGACGAAAACGCUGCCGAGUUGCAGAAAGCUUUGGAGGAUCGUCGUAACAAUGUCAUCAAGGACUACGAUGUUCCUAUCCAGUCCAUUGAAGUUGUUCCGGAAGAUAUGAGAUUGAGCGAAGUACCUGAAGAAACGUCUGACGCAGGCUCGAGGUCAUCAAGCCCAAAGAGAACAGGCUCUUCCGUUCCUCUCAGAUACGCCACACCAUCAGUCACCCCCAAGUCACCGGACCCACCCAACACCUAUGAAUCUAAUCGUCGUUUGUGGGAUACACCUGACAGACCUCUUUUCCCUGGCCCAAUUGAGGAAUCUCCAUAG